AUGGGAAUAGUGGCACCUGUAAUACUUAAAGCAAGGAUUCUGAUGCAGCAGCUAUGUCGAAAUAAUUAUGGAUGGGACGAUGAAAUAUCGAAUAGUGAAAAUUUAUUGUGGAACAGAUGGCUCGAAGAUAUUCCUGAACUUGAGAAUAUAUUCAUGCAAAGAUGUUUUGCGCCUUCUGGUUUUGGCAAUAUUGUGACUCGUCAAAUACACCAUUUUGCAGAUGGCUCUGCAGUUGCUUAUGGAACUGUAUCAUAUUUGCGACUUAAAAAUGAAACUGGGAAGAUUCAUGUUGCCUUUCUCUUAGGAAAAGCUCGACUUGCACCCAUCAAAACUGUUUCAAUACCACGACUGAAGUUGACAGCUGCAGCUCUUGCAGUUAAAUUAGAUUUAUUCCUGAGACGUGAAUUGGACUUUGAAGAGAUAGAGUCACUGUUUUGGACAGACUCAACUUCCGUGCUUUUAGGUAUUAUUAAUACAUCACGAAGAUUUCCAACAUUUGUGGCAAAUCGACUUGCAAAGAUUGAAGAAGGAUCGAAUGCUUUGUAG